AUUCAGUUUUAAUCACCUGAACUAGCACCAUGAAAGCCGCUGUAGUCCUUCUGUUCCUGGCCCUUUACGUGGCUGUCCACGCCGACCAGGCCUGCAAUCCCGAUGGCGAUGGCGAACCGGACUGCGUGGGUCGCUCCGGACAGGUUUCCCGCGACUUCUGGGAUCCCACCCACUACUGGGAAUGCAACAGCUCCGGCAAAGCCGUGCUCACCGCUUGCGAGUCGCAAACGGGAUUCGAUCCCAAGGUUGGAGCAUGUGUGCACUGGAGCGUUUGGCAGUGGUAUCCACCAUGUCCCGAAACAUCCACUUGAGCAAUAAACUUUGAGGCAAACUA